UUUAUUUGGUUUUCCGUGUUUUUCCCUCCAGGUGUGACGGUAAGAAAAAGUAUGAGCUAAACAUGAAGGAACUCCACACGUCCGACCCCUGCCCUACAGUCAGCAAAUACCUGGAGACUGAUUACAUCUGCGUCCGAGCGACUCACAAGACCAUCUGUGAAGGUUCAACGGUCCAAAUCAAGUGUGGUCGACGACAGCUGAUCUCCAUAUUGGGGGCCUACUUUGGACGCCAAGAUAAGAAGACCUGUUCUAAAGGGCGCCCUGAAUCUGAGAUUCAGAAUUGUGAUUGCUCCAAAUCCGUCACUGACAUCGUUGCUCACAAAUGCAACGAGGAAAACAGCUGCAUCAUCGAGGUCAGUACGAAGGUUUUAACAGACCCCUGCACCGGAACCUACAAGUACCUGGAGCUGGCCUACGAGUGCCAGUCUAAAAAAACGAGCCCAUAGGGAUGCUGCUGUGACCCUGGAGCCCUGAAGGAAAAAGCUUCGUUCUUCUCGUUUUCGAGUCUCCAGACUCUUUUCUGUCUGACUAGAAAUGACAAACACGAUAUUUAGUCCAGCAUCGAAUUGAGUCAAACUGAUGAAAACACAGAAAUGAAUGAAACUAUAAGUAGAGAUGGAAUAAGAUCAAUAAAAUCUA